GAUUGGCGCGUGAUAUGAUGCUUGAUUGGCUGCCCAACCGUAAGGCGCUGCAUUGGACGUUGCCUUCUUUUGCCUCUUCACAAGAGGGUGGCACCAUGUAAGCGAGCAAGUUGUCCCUAUGCGCUGGCAGGAGCCUUGUCUUCAUCGCUUCAAGUAUCAUAUCUGGCCAUUUCCUUUUGGCUGCCUCACCUACGACCAGACGUGCGCACUCCACCGGCCCAUGCUCUGAAACCUAUCGCAGCGUCCGAAGCGCUUAGACAUCGCGUAGCUUCAGUCGAGGCGUCACUGCCUGCUAAGGCAGUCACUUACGGUUUGGAUGGACAAGGUCGUGCUGAACCUGAAGCAUGCCACACAUCUCGCCCGCUUAGCACGAAAUGCAGGCCAGAGGCCAGAGGAACCUCUCGAGGCUCGCAGAGGAGAGUCCUUUGACCAAAGCAGGCCAGGAUACUUCGUGGUUCACCCGUCACGGAGGAAGGACAAGCACGCAGCGACCUCGCCUCAGUCAUCGGAAACGUGCCAGGAGUGCACCUUCUGCCCUAGCUGUGAUCCCUUGGGGCCGAAUCAGUGGCUAUCUUCAGCGCAGAGACAAUGCACCACUCAUGCUUUGUAUAUGCGACCUGCCUUGCAAGGCACAGGUCAUGCAUGCCCGCGCCCACCAUCUGAACCUCAAUCCCAACCCCAAUAUUCUUCCUCGCAGUACUCUCCUCCGCCAGCUAACUACGCAUAUGGUCCACCGCCGCAUCUGUACUGGCAACAGCCCCUUACCGUGAUGUACACGCACGAGCCAACUCAGUUUCAACCCCAGUUUCAACCCCUGAGGCAACACUACGACGACCAGCAACAGCAAGGGCAGCCCUCUGCUUCUUUCAACGACCCUAGGCAAUGGCAACAGCAGACAUAUCCAAGCCGCUGCCAGAAUGUCAACUGCAGCGGCCCACUCGACUCGUGAGUAUACCACUCAGCUGCUUCCGUACCACGAGAGACUGACCGCUCCGUAGUAACGGCUCAUGUGCAUGGAACUGCAGAGGAGCUUGAAGGGAUCUGCCGUGUAAUGACAGACACUUGGU